UAGUAGAUUUCAAAUGAAUGCCCAAUGCAUAUACCUUGAGCGCUUCGAAUGCAAUUUAAAUUGGAAAUUGUACAUGUAAUUGUCGUACUUAACAACAUUUGGAAGGUAAUUUAGAAGCGAUUUGAUGUUAAUGUGAAUGGGGUCAAGUGAUUGAUAUUCAGUCAUUCGAUGGUGAUAUAUUCGUUAGAACGUUGACAGGUGCUGAAUUAAUACUUGGGAUUUAAGAAAUGGCAUCAAAACCGUUUGGUGAUUUAGUUGGUUCCAUCGAUGAAGGAACAUCGUCUGCCCGUUUUGUUUUGUUCAAAGCCGGAACCGCCGAUAUCGUUUGCUAUCAUCAGAAAGAGCUGCGCAGUAUCACACCCAACGAAGGAUGGGUUGAACAAGACCCAGUGGAAAUUCUUAACGUUGUCAACGAAUGCAUCGAAAAGACUGUUGAAAAAUUAAUCGCACUAGGCGGUAGUGCUAGCGACAUUGUUGCUGUUGGUGUAACCAAUCAAAGAGAAACGACGAUCAUAUGGGACCGUCACACGGGCAAACCAAUGUACAAUGCCAUCAUUUGGAUGGAUGCUCGGACAUCGAGCACAGUCGAUGAACUGGCCGCCAAGUCAGCGGACAAAGAUAAAGAUUAUUUCCAAAAAGUAUGCGGCCUGCCAUUGUCAACCUAUUUCUCUGGCGUGAAAUUGCGAUGGAUGAAAGACAAUGUGCCACAAAUAGCCGAAGCGAUUGAGAAAAAUGACUGCCUAUUUGGCACAAUUGAUACAUGGCUGUUGUACCAUCUAACCGGUGGAAUUUCGGGUGGCGUUCACGUGACGGACAUAACAAAUGCAUCUCGCACAAUGCUCAUGAACAUUAAGACUUGCCAAUGGGAUCCAGAAAUGUUGGAAUUCUUUGGUGUAUCCGCCACAAUUUUGCCAGAAAUUCGGUCAAGCUCCGAAGUAUAUGGUCUUUUCUCUGAUGGUACAUUGAAAGGUAUUCCACUAGCCGGAUGUCUUGGUGAUCAGCAAGCCGCUCUUGUUGGUCAACAAUGCUUCGAAAAGGGUCAGGCGAAAGCAACUUAUGGAACUGGUUGCUUUUUGCUGUACAACACAGGGAAAGAACCAAUUCUAUCGACUCAUGGCCUUUUGACCACAGUUGGCUAUCAAUUUGGUCCGGAUGAUAAACCAACAUAUGCAUUAGAAGGCUCGGUUGCCAUUGCUGGAGCAGCAAUCACGUGGUUGCGUGAUAAUUUGGAUGUGAUUCAAGAUGUGAAGGAAUUAACCGAACUGGUAGAUACGGUCGAAGAUAGUGGUGAUGUGUACUUUGUACCGGCAUUCAGCGGCCUUUAUGCUCCAUACUGGAAGAAAGAAGCUCGAGGGGUGAUUUAUGGACUGACCGAGGAUACUCAACGUGGUCACAUUUUGCGUGCAACACUCGAAGCCGUUUGUUUCCAAGUGCGUGACAUUCUCGGCGCAAUGACCAAGGAUUGCAAUUUCAAUUUGAUUAAAUUGCAAGUUGAUGGUGGCAUGACGGCCAACAAAUUGUUACUUCAAUUGCAAUCCGAUUUGGUGGGCCUCGAGGUAAUCUGUCCGACAAUGGCUGAGUCGAGUGCAUUGGGUGCAGCUAUCGCAGCUGGUCGAGCUGUUAACAAAUGGGAUAUCACCAAACACAUAUCGAUCGGUGAGACGAUUGUGAAGCCAGUUAUCACCGAAGAAGAACGUGACCAUCGGUACAGUCAAUGGAAAAAGGCUAUUGACCGAUCACUUGGAUGGGAUGUAUGACAUUAAAAGUGCCGUUUUUGUUUUUAUUUUUUAUUUUGAAAAAAUCGGGUUUUGGCAUUUUUGUUGCACUUUUACAAAAAAGUCGAUGAUAAUUCUUCUUUUUUUUCUACCUUAAAUGUCAACUGUUGUAUAUAACAAACGAAAUAAAUAAAUAAAAAUAGUCAUUUGGAUAGUA